GUAACCAGAUCCCAGCCAGCAACCUGGAGGGUAUGGAGCAGAGACUUUAACCAUAGGAGAAGCGGGCAGCUGAACAGGACCCAGAGGGNUUGAGAUGAAGGAUAUGCUCAGGACUGGGAGUGGAGUGCGAGGCUCUGGGUUGGAUCUCCUCCACCAAGNCAGGAGAAUGAAAGUCUUGGACAGAGCACUGUGCACGCAUACUGAGAAGGUACUGCACAGACUCAGAGAGGACAAGCCAGGAAGAACUGAGGAGCCAUUUAUAAAGGGCCCAGGUGAGAGCAGCAUCCCUAUGUCCUGCUGCCCUAAUUUCAGCUACCAUGUGAUCCCGUGGAGCUGGGUGUACAGCUAUAAGUUCACCGGCAAGAGCUGCACCAGUGACGGUGUGAUAUUCUUUACAAAAUCAGGUAAGCAAUUCUGUGUCCAGCCAGGGGCCAAAUGGGUGCAGAGAUUCAUCUCUCUGAUGAACACCAGGAACCAUUCGUGA